UUGUUGAUUAAUAUAAACGUACAAUAUACAUGUAUAACGGUAUACAUGAUUUUUGCUAUCAUAUAUCCGUAUUAUAUGCGAAAAUAAGAAGCAGUACAGUGGAAGACGUUUGAAGUUGAAAGAAUAUUCUUGACGAAUAGAAAAGGAAAUUUCGAACACCAGUAAAUGAGAUUAAGUUUUCUGGUGAGUGCAUCCUCACAUACAUGGAGUUUCAGCUGGACAGCGCAGAGUACUGCCAGGCCCAACACAAAUAGAUAGAGAAAAAUAAAUACAAAGAGAAAGAGCAAGGGAGAGAGUGAAACGUGCCCCAAAAAGUUAAGAAAAACUGAUUAGACAGCUGUAAAAUAGAAAGAAGAAGAGGAAGAAGAAGAAGAAGAAAAAGAACUAAAAGACAGGAGAUAACGUAGAAAAAACGUAAACAAACGAUCUGGCUAUUGUCAGAUAUAAAAACCAACCAUCAACAGCUAGUCACAAGCACACACGUACAUACAUAUACAUCCAAGACGUAGAGAAUUUUAUUAGACACAAUUUAUUAAUUAGUUGUUCGGACCCAGAGCUGAACCUCAAGGACAUCCCUUCCCCAAACCGCCGGAGCACCUUGUGCCAAGUAGAUAAACUUCCGAAUAGUGAAAUCACUGUCAAAAAAGAGGCGUAUAUCAUCUCAUCCACCACCACCAGAUGUAACUUAACCCCGACCCUCAAUUUGACCAGGUUUUGAGAGGGCUACAUGCGAGAAUCUAUCGUUCUUCUAUCCUCUGUGUGACGAUAAUAACAAGAACAAGUAUUGUUUCUACCAACCAAUUGAAGAAAAAGAAAGGAAAAACGAUAUAAGACUGACUUAUCUAUGGGCUAAACUUGUUGAGGGGAAGAAAACCUCUUCAUUUUUAUUGCCUAGGUGCAGUGUUAUAGAUUCAUUUUCGUAACGCCGGCGGAAAAUAUUAUUUUUUAUUUUGAGGACAAUUAGGAAAUGAGCAACAUGAGGGUCAAAGACAUCAGGCCGGCACCCGCCGAAAUUGAAUACAAGAAUAUGAAGUUCCUCAUAACUGAUCGACCCAACGAUCAGAACAUCCAAACUUUCAUCCAGGAGCUGAAAAAGCACAAUGUUAAAGAAGUGGUGAGAGUGUGCGAACCAACGUACAAAGUUGAAGAGUUGAAAUCGGAAGGUAUUAGUGUCCUGGAUUUGGUCUUUGACGAUGGAACAUUUCCGCCUAGAGAGGUUGUUGACGAGUGGUUCGAGUUACUAAGGAAACGAUUUGGUGAAACGCCUGACGCCUGUGUCGCUGUUCACUGUGUUGCUGGUCUUGGCCGAGCACCUGUCCUAGUUGCGAUAGCCCUAAUCGAACUAGGACUGAAAUAUGAAGACGCUGUAGCACUCAUUCGAGAAAAGAGGCGUGGCGCUAUCAAUGCAAAACAGUUGGCUUUCCUUGAGAAGUACAGGCCCAAGUCCCGACUGAAGCUCAAGAAUGGGCAUAAUUCCUGCUGCGUCCAGUAGAUAACAAUAACACAACAAUUUGAAGAAAAAAAUUUAAAAAAAAAAUUAAAAAAAUUCAUUUACUCAAAUAAAACAAAAAAAAUUUGAAGGAGAACAAAGAAAAACAUAAUUUCAAAUUGACGUCUAUACUAAGAAUUGGAAAAAAAAAAAAAAAUACCACAAAAACUACUGAUGAUUUUGUAUGACAUUCAUUCGGCUUCUGUGGUAGGUAUGCUGGACACGCAAUAAAAUUGAGUCAUAUUAGAGUACCGAUUAUUCGAAACCUCGAAUGUGUUGCGCCAGUGUGGAAAUGCAACCCAGAUUUUGUUUUCACAUCAACACACAAUUCGUUGUCACGCAAGAUGUAUACUUUACUCUUGAGGGAAAUCUGAAGUACAGGAAUUUGGCUAUGCGGAGAAACAAAAUACAUGCAUAUAAUUUGAACUUGAACUUUAUUUAAUAACUCCCAGGAAAAAAUUAAUAAAAUUCUAUUCACCAUCAUUUAUGUAUUCCCUGCUAUUGUUUGUAUUUAUUUCUUUGUGGUUGUAAUAACUGAACAUAUUAUUUUCUCUAUUUUUCGAAUGUACCCUUCGAUGAAACGUUCUAAAUUUUUCCUUUGACUUUAUCAUUGCCUACCAAAUAUUCAAUUACCGUCAUGUUUCACUUACACAGUGUAUGAGCCCGACUCAGCACUAAUUCAUAGAUAGGAAAUAUUUGUAUGCUGCGUGUUAGAACGAAAUCCGAAAUAAAUUUUUAAUGUUCA